GCGGAGCGGCGCCAGGAGCCCGAGCGGAGCGAGCGAGCGACGGGAGCGGCCUGCGAAAAGAGAAAUCCAGCUGUUGGCUGCCCAUCCUUACUCCAUGGGAAAAUUAAAGAAGAUGCCGAUGGGGGAAAAGUUGAAGAAGAUUCCAGAUUGUGAGAUGGGGACUGAGAACAAGGAGGUAAUUCCCAAAGAAGAAAUUUCUGAAGAAUCUGAGACACAGGGGGCAAUUUUAGAAAAACUUCCAAAGGUGGUUUACCAGGGUCACGAGUUCGGAGCAGCAUGUGAAGAAGACAUGCUGGAGGGGCAUUCAAGGGAGUGCACAGAAGAGAUUAUGGAGCAGAUGUCUCCUCAGGAGAGAGACUUUGCAUCAGGGUUGAUUAUCUUUAAGAAGUCGCCCUCAAGUGAGAAAGAGCAGGAGAAUAAUGAGAGUGAGGGAGCCUGCAGUCCCAGCCCAAACCUGAUUGCUUAUCAUGGAGGUCCUGCAGCAGAGGCCGUGAGUACAUUUGCUGCCUCCAGCCAAAACUUCACAGAGAAUUUAGAACUGAACAGAACACAGAGAAGUUCUGUGGGAGAAAAGCCUCAUACAUGUAAAGAAUGUGGGAAAGCCUUUAAUCAGAACUCACAUCUUAUCCAGCAUAUGAGAGUUCAUAGUGGAGAGAAACCCUUUGAAUGCAAAGAAUGUGGAAAGACGUUUGGAACUAACUCAAGCCUUCGAAGGCACCUGAGAAUUCAUGCUGGAGAGAAACCCUUUGCUUGUAAUGAAUGUGGAAAGGCUUUCAUUCAGAGUUCACAUCUUAUCCACCAUCAUAGGAUUCAUACUGGAGAGAGACCUUAUAAAUGUGAAGAAUGUGGUAAAGCCUUCAGUCAGAAUUCAGCCCUUAUUCUACAUCAGAGAAUCCACACUGGAGAGAAACCAUAUGAAUGUAAUGAAUGUGGGAAGACCUUUAGGGUUAGCUCACAGCUUAUUCAGCAUCAGAGAAUUCAUACUGAAGAAAGAUAUCAUGAAUGCAAUGAGUGUGGCAAAGCCUUCAAGCAUAGCUCAGGCCUUAUUAGACACCAGAAAAUUCAUACUGGAGAAAAACCUUACCUGUGUAACGAAUGUGGGAAAGGCUUCGGUCAGAGUUCUGAGCUUAUCCGGCAUCAAAGAAUUCAUACAGGGGACAAACCAUAUGAAUGUAAUGAAUGUGGGAAAACUUUUGGCCAGAACUCAGAGAUUAUUAGACAUAUUAGAAUUCAUACUGGUGAGAAGCCCUAUGUAUGUAAGGAAUGUGGGAAGGCCUUCAGGGGGAACUCAGAACUUCUUAGACACGAGAGAAUUCACACUGGAGAGAAACCCUACGAAUGCUUUGAGUGUGGAAAGGCUUUUAGGCGGACUUCUCACCUUAUUGUUCACCAGAGAAUUCAUACUGGAGAGAAACCCCAUCAAUGCAAUGAAUGUGCAAGAACCUUUUGGGAUAACUCUGAGCUGCUUCUCCACCAGAAAAUUCAUAUUGGAGAGAAACCUUAUGAAUGUAAUGAGUGUGAGAAAACAUUCAGCCAGCAUUCCCAACUUAUCAUACAUCAGAGAAUUCACACUGGAGAGAAGCCUUACGAGUGCCAAGAAUGUCAGAAGACCUUUAGUCGGAGCUCUCACCUCCUUCGACAUCAAAGUGUUCACUGUAUGGAAUGAUCGGCAAAAUAGGAAAGAUUUCUGUGGAAAAGCUGAAGUCAGACUUAAUUUGUUCAUGAUCUGCACCCCAAGUUUUUAGAUCACAUGAAUGGACAGACCUCUGUCCUUCCACUGGUUUUUAUUUAAAUAGUUGAAAAGGAUGAGGCACUUUUAUGAACUAUUCAUUGAGAAGUUUCAAUGUACUGAGUUAAAGCAUAAAAGCUGUUUCAGGCCUUAAUUCUCCUCUGUCCCUUUUUCCUUCCCUUCUUCCCUCCUCCCCUAGUAGAUCACAUAACAUUAGGGGUCUGUACUAGCCAUCUAGUCUAAAUUGUUAACUCUUCAGGAAAAAUGGAGGAACGUGAUUCCAUCACCUCCUGAAAAUGACAAAGUUGACUCAUUGAAUGUUUCCCCCUGAAAUGUUAGAAAGUCAUGGCCUAGAAGACACACCUUGUUUUCCUGCCCACUGCUUGGCAUUGGAAUAAUUUAGUAAGCUUUUAUUAGCUUCAAAAUCUUCCAAAUGUGCUAUCAAGUUCCCUUAGAAGAUGGCAGCAUGAAUGAAGAAGCAGGAAGCUUGGGUCAUUUCACAUCUCCUACGCUUCCUCAUUCAUCUGAAGAGGGUGCCAUGAUGGAGGAAACUGACAGCCAAUUACAGGAUUGUAAGUGAAGGCCCUUAGAAUCCAGAGGGGCUGAUGAGCAAGGCCAGGGGAUAAAGAAGUGAGGCCAGACGACUCAGCAGGGGCAGGAGCAGCUCUUUAGCAGCUAUUCUCCACUUUAGGGCUGCUCAGACUGACUGCUCCCAAGAACUCUGCUGCAUUCACUUUUGGCACCAGCUCCUGCUGCUGCUGACAGAUCCUGUAGCAGAGAGGACUGCAGUGUCACCGUCACAGACACCUGGCCACAGUGAUGAGCCGGUUCACCUGCCAUGAGGGGCCUUGUCUUGCCAAAGCACUUAAGCUCUCGUGACCUGGAGCCGUCUGCUGGGGGCCCUGGCUGAUAGGCCAGGAUGUGAUGCCUCUUCUGUUUGCCCUUGGCUUUGUAAUUCUCUCUCUUCAACAUCUCUACAUGUGUUUUCUAUGUUCUCCUAUGUGUUUUUUCUUUGAGGAACACAUCCUCGGUUUUUCACAUGUCCAUGUUUCUGAGGCAGUGGAUGGGAGUGGGAAUUGCACUAAUCGGGAUCGAGCAGGCCUGGGGUCUGGUCUUAGAGCUAGACCUUGAAUGAGGCACUUCACCUGCUGGGCCCUAACUUUCUCAUCUGGAAAAUGAAGGGAGUUGAACUAAAUGAUCUCUGAAGUUUCAACCAGCCCAAUAAUUCCUUGAUUCUUUUUUUUAAUCUAACUUUGUAAUUUCAGCAUUCUAUCCUUUAAUCUCUUCUUUAUUACACUAAUACUAAUCACUAGUAUUUAUUGAUUGUUUUUUGUGUGCCAGGCACAGUGCCAGGCAGUUUACCUUUUUAUUUUCACAGCAUCUCAAUCACUUGAGUACUCUUUAAAAAAAAAAAAAAGUUUUGGGCCAGCUCUGGUGUCCUAGUGGUUAAUUCAGUGUACUCUGCUUCAGUGGCCCGGGUUUGGUUCCUGGGUGCGGACCUAUACCACUUGUCUGUCAGUGGCAAUGCUGUGGUGGUGGCUCACGUACAAAAAAAAAAAAAAGGAAAAUUGGCAACAGACGUUAGCUCAGGGUGAAUCUUCCUCAGCAAAAAAAGAAAAAGUUUUGUUGAAGUGUAAUUUACACACCAUAAAAUUCACCUGUUUUAAGUGUUCAUCUUUUUAGUUCAUUUACAGAGUUGCACAACCAUCAAUGAUGUGGGUACUCUUACCCCAAUUUAAAAGAUGCGGAGGGGCAGGGGGAUAAGUACCUUAUGAUGAUCACACAGCUGGUAAGUGCUAGAGCCAAGACUCCAACCCUGGUCUGUGCUCUUAACCCCUGUGCUGUGCUACAGAUAGGUGGAUUCAUUACUGACUUAUUUGAAACCUUUUGCACAUUUUUUAUGAUUAAUUACUACAUGGAUUUGAAUAUAACAGAUUUAAAUCAUGUCCUUGGAAACAUAACUGGUCACAGCCAAAACCCACAAAGUGGCUUUAUUCUAUACCUCAGUAUGUUUCCCCGGGUUCAGACCCUUGGCUUGAGAAAAGGGCUGUACAAACAGGUCACACAGUUACCACAUCCUUCCACAUCUGGUACUUCUGCCUCUACAGUCAGACUCUUAGCAGAAGUUCUGUUGACUUCUUUCCUUAGGGUGAUUAAAGUGCAGCGUGCUCUCAUUCCUUUAUUUGUUGCUGAAGUUCAAAUUGAAUUAUAUCCAGACUACCUUUCUCACAUGAAACCUGGAUGUCACCUAUCCCUUUAACUUCUGAUUCCUGUGUUGGCAUAUUUUAUUUCCACAUUCACCCCUUGCCAGCCACUGAUACAGAACUCAGGACCUCUUCAAGCUCCCCCGAAAAGAAUCCACUCACACAAACACAUGCAUGAGUAAUACGGACUUGACUGAAGAUGCUGUGUGAGAGGUGGAGAAGGGGGUUCACAUUGUACAUCCUAUUAGUCAUUUUGUUCUCAGAAAUCCCUUGGCCAACCUGCCACUGUAGGUUUUUCUCUUUGUCUUCCCCCUCUCAGGGUUCAGUCACCUCAGCAACUUUUUUCUUGCCAGAUAUCCAAUCUUCUUCCUAGCUCAAUUAUCUUUUUUUUUGGUGAGGAGGAUUGGCUCGGAGCUAACAAGGCCCGGAGCUAACAUCUGUUGCCAAUCUUCCUCUUUUUUGCUGAGGAAGAUUGGCCCUGAGCUAACAUCUGUGCCCAUCUUCCUCUAUUUUGUAUGUGGGAUGCCGCCACAGCGUGGCUUGAUGAGCAAUGCAUCAGUCUGCACCAGGGUCCGAACUUGCAAACCCCAGGCUGCGGAAGUGGAGGGCGUGAAAUUAUCCACUAUGCCACCAGGGCAGCCCCUCAAUUACUUUUUUAAACCCAGUACUCAGCAAAAGAAAAAGCCCUUCAGUUAACAAGACAACACAUUAGAUCAUUAGAAGGCAAUUUAAUGACCAACUUUUAUUGUACCUGAGCAUAUUCUUAAAGGGUAGAGGUCUCACAUCUCAUUCCAAGAAGAAUCUUCAUAUAUAUAUAUCUACACACACACACACA